UCCACUGUUCAGCAAAGGAAAAAAGGGAAGAAAAGAAAACCUCAUACGUCGUUCUGAAUCCAAAGGCCAGAACUGAAGUACAUUUUCUUCUCAGAUGGACUCUCAGACCAAAACAGGGAAGGCUUACCUCCAACCGCACAAAGUUGGCAAAAAAUGGAAGCCAGUGUGGUUGUCUCUGUUUCCCCCCAGUGGCAGUGGAGUGGGUCGACUGGAGAUCCAGGAUAUGGGAGGUGGCGGUGCUGGAGGUGAUCAUGUCAGGAGACACUACCAGCCUCAUGUAGACAGAAAGCUGAAGAUGGUCCGACUGUCCGAGCUGAUCAGCGUCCUCAGACUCCCCCCAAACGCUGAGGCCUGUCCCAUGGAGAACAUGUCAGCGUUUUGUGUGGAGACACGGGACAGAACCAUGGUGUUUGCUACACUCAAAGACGACUGUGUGGAGUGGGUAGAAAAACUGUGUCACAGCACGUUUCAGAGAGCUAAGCAGCUUCAGAUGGAGGAGAACCAGAUAUACGCUUCAGCAGAUGAAGUCUCACAGUUCUGGGUGACGGUUCAGAGGACUGACGCAGCAACACGCUGCGGCCUGAAGGGGUCAUACUGGCUGCAGGUGGGGCGAGAGUCGCUGCUGCUGAGAGAAACAAAGAAGAACGUUGUUAGAGAAUGGCCAUACGAACUGCUGAGACGAUACGGUAAAGAUAAGCUGGCCUUAACCAUUGAAGCAGGCAGACGCUGUGACUCUGGUCCUGGAACAUUCACCUUUGAGACGCAGCAGGCCGAGACAAUAUUCUGCCUGAUUCAGAGUACCAUCAAACGGAAGACUUCAUCGGUUACUUCAGACAGCCCAAACCUAGAGGCUGAGAAAGUUACCGUAGCCAAUAUACGGGCUCAUUCCCCUCUCCCCAAAAUACCAGAUAUGACCAGCAUGGCUGCCAUUCUGGAGAACAAACUGAGGACACAGGAAGGUCAAUCUGCUGCUGUAGAAGAGAGUGCACAUGCUCAAGAAGAUUUGGUUAGUUCAUCAGAGAGUGUAUCGCCGCAACCAGCUCCUAUCACCCUCAUGCCUCUUCCACUGGUCCCCACACAUAACAGCCUCUCUGGAGGUCAUCUUAGUGGCCAAUCAGAAGCUGUGUAUGCUGACCCAGCUGACUGCAUCCAAUCUGUACGAAAAGCGCAACCGACCAUGGCUCUGUAUGUAGACCCUGCAAGUUUUCUCCCGCUCAAACCCCCCAGCUCAGGAGAACCCGUCACUCCCCCUCCUAACUCCUCUGCUCCACGUCCCUGCUUUACCAUCGAUCACCCAGAUUCAGAAUACUCGGAGGUGUAUGACAAAAUCAGUCUGGUCCAGAUUAAACAAACUGUCACUCAGAGCAAACAUGAUGAACCCAUUUAUAGUGAGCCCAUGAGCAAGAAGGAGGAAGAGUCUCGUAAAAUUGAAAGCAAGCCAGACCCAUUCGCCCACCUUUAUGCUCAAGUCUGCAAAACAAAACCAUCAGUUAGUCCUUCUUCAUCCUCUAACACCAUCCCUUCCUGCUCUGCUUCAUCUUCCUCUCUUACUGCCAGUAUGAGCACAACAAGCGCCACAGAUGAUGAUGUCAUCUACGAAAACCUGGGCAUCAUUUGAUUUAGUUGUACUAAUUGUAUUUUUGUACAGUGAUUGCUAGAGACUAUGGGAGUUCAUUAGGAAACAGUAUGCCUACAGUAGUUAGCACUUCUCCUGCAUGGAUGUGCUUUCUGUUGUGUAUAUCCAUAUACAAACUAUAGUUCGUUAUUUAUUAAAUAAAUAACAGGGCUUACCAUCUCUGGUGCAAACUCUCUUCAAUGAGCAUCAUCAACAUCUCUUCAUCAUCAUCAUCAUCAUCACAGCCUACACCGGGCAUUAUUGGCUAGAAAGAGGUCACGAGAAGUGAUACGUAAACACAGACGUAGGAUUCAUCUGAUUAGCACAGACUAAAACUGACUACUAUUUGUAAGCCUCACAAAACGGUCAAAUUAUGGCACUUUUGGAAUUAUUUAUAGUACAUCGUACAGAGGGCAAAAUGAUCGUACAAAUAAAAUAAUUAUUGCAGUACAUGUGCGUCUGGCAACGCUGCUUUAGCAGCGGGUGACGGAGGUCUGGUAAAACCACACCUCCAGAUAUUUGUCGUCUUCAGCCCCAACUGACACUGAUCAUUCCAUUUAGAUUAAUUCAGCACAAAUUUAAAAAUGAUUUGUAAAUAUUUUGAAAAUAGCAAGUUCCAGACUUACAAUAUUUAUACCCAGUGAUAUGUGAUAGUAUUUUUGCAAUGCCAUCAAAUUGUCAAUAUUUUUAAAUAUGUGUUUGUUGGUUUGCUCAUAAUGUUGUUCAGCUGAUUAACAAUAAUGUUUACAAUGAAAAUGUCCUAUAGUUAUUUUUCAUUUAUUGUUUUUUUAUUAAGCUGUGUAUAGUUCUGUGAAGAUGAAAAUAGUAUUUGUCACUUUCAUAGAGUGUUAUAAGUCCUGUCCCCCCUUCCUAACACUAACACAUACUGUAACCACUGUAUAUACUGUAAUGUUAAUAUAUAUAUAUAAUGUU